CCACUCAGUUUCGUUAUAAAGGGAUGCAGGAUUCCUUCUUCUGUAAACUUCUUUACAGAUGUAUAGUCACAUUAGGAUAUCUGUACAACAGUUCAACUUACAACGACAAUAUCAACAUCGCCGAAACAAGAAACGAUGCUUAACUCAAGCUUCUCACACCGUAAAGCUCUAGUCCAGGAGAACUCAAAUUCCAAGGAUGUCCGAACUGUCAUACCAUCCAAAUCUCAACAUGAGGCCCCGAUCAAGAAGACCGUGGGAACUACUCGGCAAUCGCGCUCAAGCUGGCCGAGUUUUCAAUGGUGGCUUAUGGCCAUCCCAUCGUUCAUCAUUUCAGCUUACGGUGCUGCAUUCUUCACCGGAAACACCCCGGGUGAUCCACAAAUCAAGGCAAGAAUCAUCAGUUCACUCGGAGGCGUCAUCCACAUCGGGGGCUCCCUUGUAGCGAUGGGCCUCGGCCCCUUCCAGUUCCUCCCGCAGCUGUGGCAGAAAUACAUCCAGAUUCAUCGCUGGUUAGGAUGGGUCUACGUCCUUGCCGUGACGACUGGUGGCAUCGCUGCGUUCUACGUCACAUUCAACAGUGAGGCGCUGGCAUGGGGCAAGGUCGGCUUUGCUCUCCUCGCCUUGGGAUGGCUUGAGACUGCUAGACGUAGCAUUGUUGCUAUUUGGUCGAAUGGAGACGUCAAGAGUCACCAAGCUUGGAUGACGAGAAACUUUGCUCUGACCUAUGCCGCAGUGAUGCUGCGAUGGCAGUUGCCCCUGAUGAUCGCCGCUGGUAUGGAAGUCAAGUUUGCGCUAUCUAUCACUGGAUACAUCUCUUGGAUACCGAAUCUUUGGUUUGUCGAACGCUUUGUGUUAAGCCAGAACUGAGCAUACCUUAGUCCAAGUCAUGGUCUUGAGGAGACCCCGGCUGUGGAACCAUCACAACUCCUUCUAAUAUCAUACUAAGACGUGUAAUUCGUCUAUCGAGUUACUCAAUAAUUCAUUAAUG